UGCCUUUGCGCCACCCCCUCCCUCUCUCCUCAUUCUAUUCUCUGGAAAGAAAUGAAUGCAAAAUCAAUCAAAGUAUCAUCUCUCUCCUCUUUCAGACUCCAUUUCCAGGGGCCCACAACACCAAAGCCCUACAAAAUACCAAAAUUACCCUCUCACUAAAACAUCCCUUCUCUCCCCUCCAAGCCGCACCCCAUUUCACACUUCAUAGUCUAAUAUCUAAUUCCCCUUCUCACUCCAAUUCCCUACACCACCAGACCAUGCCACCGGACCAUGGUCUCCUCUAUUUCCUCCUCAUCGUCCUCGUCCUCACCGUCACCGUAAAAUUUCCGGCGACAUCUGCCGCCGUCGAGCUCCCGAAGUUUCGAGAAGCACCUGCAUUUCGGAAUGGACGAGGAUGUCCCCGGACCGCAUGGUCCUCACUGGACCAGCACUCCCACUACAAUCCCUCCAUCAUCCACAUCGCCAUGACCUUGGACACCACCUACCUCCGCGGCUCCAUCGCCGGCGUCUUCUCCGUCCUCCAGCACGCCACGUGCCCCGAGAACAUCGUCUUCCACUUCAUCGCCGCCUCGCACCACAAUCGCCGACCUUCCGACCUCCUUCGCCACGUCAUCACCUCCACCUUCCCCUACCUCACCUUCCACCUCUAUCACUUCGACUCCAACCUGGUGAAAGGCAAGAUCUCCUACUCUGUACGGCGCGCCCUCGACCAGCCCCUGAACUACGCGCGAAUCUACCUCGCCGAUCUUUUACCGUCGGGCGUCCGCCGCAUCAUCUACUUCGACUCCGAUUUGAUCGUCGUCGACGACGUGGAGAAGCUGUGGAGCAUAAACCUCGGGAGGCGCGUGCUCGGCGCGCCGGAGUAUUGCCACGCCAACUUCACCAACUACUUUACCCCGAAAUUCUGGUCAAACGCGGCAUUCGCGGCGUCGUUUAAGGGUCGGAGGGCGUGCUAUUUCAACACGGGGGUGAUGGUGAUCGAUCUGUGGAAAUGGAGGGAGGGAAAGUACACGGAGAAGCUGGAGCACUGGAUGAGGGUGCAGAAACGGUGUCGUAUAUACGAGCUGGGGUCGCUGCCUCCGUUUCUGUUGGUUUUCGCGGGUGACGUGGAGGGAGUGGAGCACAGGUGGAACCAGCACGGGCUUGGCGGUGACAACCUGGAGGGGCUGUGUAGGGACCUCCACCCUGGGCCCGUGAGCCUGCUGCAUUGGAGCGGGAAGGGGAAACCGUGGUUGAGACUGGACUCGAAGCGGCCGUGUCCGUUGGAUAGCUUGUGGGCCCCCUAUGAUCUGUACCGUCAUUCGUCGUUGUUCUCUGAUAGCUGAAGCCGCACCGUGAUUCACGGAGGCUUGCGCUAUGUCCGACGAUCUCUGCUCUGCUGGCACGCGACGGGGGCGGUGCGGAUAAAUCCGACAAUAUGAAUGUCCUUUUUGUCUGGGCUGGUUCAGGGCAUUGGGAUUUACAGCGGUUAAAGGGAAAUUUGACUGGAAAUGGCGGGGGUAGUGUUAGUGGACACGUGUUGAAGAAAAAGGAGUGGAUUUUGAUGAGGAAGGUGAUAAAUCGUCGGUGCGUGGUAAGAAUUUGAAAUAUCUACGAAGGCCAAGUAUGGUCUGGUAAUUAUGGUAGGUGAAGUGGAAUGGCCCAAUGGCCCAAUGGCCCAAUGGGUGGGUAUUUGGUGAAGAUUCGGAAAUGAAAGAUGCGCAUUCUUUUUUGUUUUUUUCGUUUCUUUUGUGUGUGUAAAAGACUAAAAAUAGAUAUUGUAGGUAGUGGAAGUGGAAUGUAUCAAAGGUGUUUACUACUUUUCACUUUUGGAGUACAAUCAUUGAAAAAGAAAAAAGAAAAAGUUUCUUCCCAACCUA